UUCUUUAGUUUUUGGAAACUGAAAAAUCUCUCGUGUUGUUUGUUGAUUCAUUCAUUCGUGACAAAUUUGACAAUUUUAUUGUUAAAAAAAAGGAAAAUCGACAUGGAGUCAAGUACAUCACGUGGUGACAGCCAGAUCCCUGAUGAUGUUGAAUCAAUGGAUUGCAAUGAUGAUGGACAAGCUCCAAUUAUUCAAGGUCAAGCUGGAGAACAAAAGUCAGAUGGUCAAGCUGGAGAAAAAAUAUCAGAUGAUCAAGCUGGAGGACAAAGACCAGAUGACCAAGCUGGAGGACAAAGACCUGCAGAUGCAGCUUUGUGGGCACACAUUCCUGAUGUUACAGAACGACCUAGAACAAGCAUGGAUCAUGUAUAUAUUUUUUUAUUCAUCUUGAAACUACUUUUCAACUAUUAA